AUGGGGCAUAGCGAACAGCUCUCUGGCAAAGGCUCGGCUGCAGAAAAAUUAACCACCACUACCGGCACCAUCACAAAACGACCACCGAUCAGACCAACAACGUAUCACGAUAAAAUGACGACCCGACCUACCGUCACUAUCCACGGAGCCGAUGGCACUCCCUGCGGAAACACGGCUACCCUUCCGAGCGUUUUCAAGGCUCCUAUUCGUCCUGAUAUCGUCCAGCAAGUUCACACUGGCAUGGCCAAGAACAAGAGGCAGCCAUAUGCCGUGAGCGAGAAGGCCGGCCAUCAAACCUCUGCUGAAUCUUGGGGAACUGGUCGCGCCGUUGCCCGUAUUCCCCGUGUCUCUGGUGGUGGUACCCACCGUGCUGGUCAGGCAGCUUUCGGUAAUCAGUGCCGUUCCGGCCGCAUGUUCGCUCCUACGAAGGUCUGGCGCAAAUGGCACGUCAAGAUCAACCUUGGACAGAAGCGUUUCGCUACCGCCUCCGCCUUGGCUGCUUCUGCCGCCGCUCCUCUCGUCCAGGCUCGCGGUCACCGUAUCUCUACCGUACCCGAGCUUCCUCUGGUUAUCGCCGACUCCGCAUUCGCUGACAUGAGCAAGACCCGUGCUGCCGUUGAGCUCCUCAAGUCUGUUGGUGCUUACCAGGAUGUCACCAAGGCCUCCAAGUCACGCAAAAUUCGUGCUGGUAAGGGUAAGCUGAGGGGGCGUCGUCACCGCCAGCGCCGUGGACCUCUCGUCAUCAUCAACCCUACCGACGAGAAUGCCCAAUCCGUUGUCAAGUCGUUCCGCAAUAUCCCUGGUGUCGAGACCGCCUCAGUAACCUCUCUCAACCUCCUCCAGCUUGCUCCUGGUGGGCAUCUCGGACGUUUCGUCGUCUGGACCGAGUCAGCCUUCAACGCUCUUAACACCGUCUAUGGGACUACCGUGACGCCCUCAGAGUUGAAGAAGGACUACCUUCUCCCCACGAACAUUGUCUCCAAUGCCGACAUCGGCCGUCUCAUCAACUCUGCCGAGGUACAGGCCGUCGUUAGACCCGCGAGAGGAGGACCAAGACAGAAGAAGGGAGGAAAGGCCGGCGUUCUCAAGAAGAACCCCCUCAAGAACAGGCAGGUACUUCUCAGACUCAACCCAUACGCCAAGGUCUUUUCGGAGCAGAAGUUGGGCUGUGUCAAGCAGGAGGGGUCCAAGGAGCGACCAGGAAAGACUGAGACUUUCAAGACCAUCAUUAAUACUAACUAAAUUGUUGGAUUUCCGUCAUGGUUCUUUCCUUCUGUCUCUCUCUUUACUUCUUUUCUACCACUGUUUCCCCCUUUGUUCCAAAUUAAAUAAAUGCUCUUCUUCGGUGCUCGGUGUUUUCUUCUUCUUUCUUUCUUAUCUGAUCAAAGAUAACUUGGCGUGGAGCGUUGGGGAAGCCGUUCGGAUGUGUACCGUAUCCCAUGUCCCAGCCUCACCAGAAUUGAAGCGUGACCACUCUCA